CAUACACCAAAGCAACUUGAUGCUUCAACAUUACAAUCUCAAACGCUUUGAGAAAUCAGCGCAUCAAGAAUAUGGAGCAGCGCAAUUGGACAUUGGUCUUUAUUGUCAACGAGGCGUAGGCACGGGCAGUUAUGGAAGUUGGCCAAUUUGUAUCAGAAUUUCAGAUAUCCCGAACGCUACAAGUUUGAAUAUCAAAGCACACAUGGGACCGAAGAAGAUGCAACUAGGCAUUAGGAAGUCCAGAGAGAUUGAUUUUAUUUCAAAUGAAAGAGCGAGAGGCUACGGAAGGGGAUGUAUGUAUAUAAGGAGAGUUCGGCCAAUAUAUAUAAUUGCUACCACCUCGAUGUAUGAUACAGUGUUAGGAGAUGGUGAAAAUGAAGAGUAUAUUGGUGGCCGGCAAUGCUUGUAUGUCUCAUUCUCGAUCUGGGUUCUCACUUAUUUAUACUCAUUGGCGUUGAUAUACUAA